GCGAUUUUUAGAAUCGCCCAUAGAUUAAAGAAAUAUAUACUGUUUUGUAUAUUAUUGUAAUAAGUCAGAUAGACUAGUUUUUAGGUAGUUCUUUAAUUCAAGUGCUGAAUUAGAGUGUGAAUACCUGAUUUAAAGCGGUUAUAUACAUAUAAAGACAUGGAUUUUCAAAAUCGCCCAGGAGGAAAAACAGGAGGCGGAGGGGUUGCAUCUUGGUCAGAAACUAACAGAGAUAGACGAGAACGUCUUCGCCAAUUAGCGUUGGAGACUAUUGAUUUACAAAAAGAUCCUUAUUUUAUGAAAAAUCAUCUUGGAUCAUAUGAAUGUAAAUUGUGUUUAACACUUCACAAUAAUGAGGGCAGUUAUUUAGCUCAUACUCAAGGCAAAAAGCAUCAGGCAAACUUAGCGAGAAGGGCUGCAAAGGAAGCAAAAGAUGCACCUUCACAGUUGGCUCCUGAGAAGCCUAGAGUAGAGCCAAAGAAAUUUAUCAAAAUAGGUCGACCUGGUUACCGUGUAACAAAACAAAGAGAUCCAGAAACAGGGCAACAAAGUUUACUUUUUCAAAUUGACUAUCCUGAAAUAGCUGACAAUGUUAUGCCAAGACAUCGGUUUAUGUCAGCUUAUGAACAAAAGAUUGAGCCACCAGAUCGCAAGUGGCAGUAUUUACUUUUGCUGCAGAGCCCUAUGAAACAAUUGCUUUUAAAGUUCCAAGUCGUGAAGUAGAAAAAACUGACAACAAAUUCUGGACCCAUUGGAAUAAAGAUACUAAACAAUUUUUCCUGCAAUUUGCUUUUAAAAAUGAAACAAAGAAACCAGGCACUAUAAUUGCAAGAGGGUCAAAUAUUUUGGGUGCUGUACCCCCUCCGCCUAUGUUACCUGUCCCUCCGCCCCCUAGGCCACCAAUGUUUAAUCCUAUUCCUCCUCCUUCAUUGGUUGGUGGUGUCUUACCUGUUCCACCAC